GUGUACAGAUGCAGGAUAAAGUGCAUAACAUUUAGUGCAAGAUAAACUCCAGUAAAGUCUGGUUAAACUGAGUCGUAGGAACAUGAGAUGCUGUUCCUCCAGUUUGCCUCCACCUGACAUUGUGUCCAGUACAGACAUUGUGGGCUGAAGGGCCUGUUCCUGUGCUGUACUGUUCUAAGUUCUAUGUUCUAUACCUGCUUCGGAUUGUAUUGUUUUAUGAACAGAGUCCAGAUUCUUCAGAACCCCUGCUUAGCUUUGAAUGUCACAUAUUCCGGAGUUACAGUCAGAUCAUAGCCGCAAUCUCACUAAACGACAAUGCAGUCUGGAAGGGCUGAAUAUCCUUCUUGUCUCCUCAGGCGAUCACCCCGCUGAGAAGCAAAUAGACAAGGGCCCAGUUAACGUUGGUUCUCAGCAGAGUGAAACUUAGCCCGAGGCAGGCGGGAUCUGUGUUCUUUGUGGAAGUUUACACUAUUGUGUACUUGUUGGUCACCUGAUUAUAAUACGGACAUUAUCAAGAUUUGGAGGAAGCACAAAUCUGGGCUGUGACACUGACAGUGUAAACGGCAACCGAGGCAUGUGGUAGAAGUGGACUUUAACUCUUCAGACCACCACACCCUUCCCGAAGCGAUGAGGAAACACAUCUCGACAUACGGAUCCUCGUGAAACAGCUUGAAAGAGGAAAUUACUUUCUAAAAAUGCUGAACCAUCGAGCAAAAUCUGAGAGGUAAAUCAUUUACUAAGGGAACGAACAGAACGGGGUUUUGCUGAGGAGCUGAACAGAAUAGCUUUGUGAAUCAAACUCCAUCCCAGACGCUCAGUCCAGCCUUUGCAGCUUUAAACCAAACACCCCUGGCAGGGAGAGAGAGUUCUCACCCAGACAAGGCGUGCCUGUGAAGAGGGAAGAGAGAUUUGCUAACGUUGGCGGAUCCCUUUGCGAUGGCCAUGGCUUUCUGGAGGCUCCUGUCUCCUUUCAGAUGUGAACUGGCGGUGCUUGCCAUCCUUGCCUUCUCAACGUCUGCCUCUUCUGAUCCAGACUGCAAGAAGAUGGAGGGCUUCUCUGCUGAGCUGCCCGAAACUCAGUACAACGAUGACGCCAAACCCAUUCUUGGCGGGAUGGCCACCUUUCACGACAUGGUGCACAGCUUCCUCAACACCGUACAGCCCAACCCCUUCCCAACUGAAAUUAUCAAGUUAUUCGUUGAGAACAUUGAAAUGCUACGAGGAAGCUACACGCAGGUGCUGCAGUACGAGGCUGGAUACAUAGUGUGCGCCAUCAUCGGGAUCCUCCUGUUCGUCCUCUUGCCGCUGGUGGGGCUGUUCUUCUGCUGCUGCCGCUGCUGCGGAAGGUGCGGGGGCGAGAUGUACCAGGAGCUGACCAAGUGGACCAACCGCAAGAGGCGCAUGCUGGCCGUCGUCCUGUUUGUGCUCACUUCCAUCACGCUGGCAGGAAAUGUCUGCAUGUUCAUCACCAACGAAAAGAUAUCGGAAAACAUUCGGGAGAGUGAGGAGCAGCUGAACAACGUGCUGGGAAACAUGAAGAUGUACAUCAAUACCAUCCCGCUUCAAGUCACGACGAUCAUAAACGCCAGCUUUGGCCCGAUGAAAAUUGUCACAGCUAACCUGGACGAUAUUGGUUCGAGUCUUGGUGAAGCCGUCAAGAAGACGUUGGGUGAAAGUGUGUACCCUGCUCUAAUCACAGCGUCAGAGCUGGCACAAGACAUCAACAGAAUGAAUGGCAAGCUGCUUCUGGUGAAUGCCACGGCAGCAAAGCUGAUCCAAGAGCAAGAGAAUCUCCAGCUGAAUCUGAGCGCCAUCAAACAGGACAUCCGCGACACGUUCACUCGGUGUGGUGCACCUUGUGCCAACAGCCAGGAUCUCGUGGAUGGCCUCAUAGUCCUUCCCAACUUCUCAGAGAUUCCCAACAUGGACAAGGAGAUGGCGGCCAUGAAGUCAGUUGUGAAAUCCGAUCUCCAGUCCUUUGUACAAGAGGGCUACAUAUCGUUUAAUGACACACCAGCCAGGGUAACCAACCAGUCAACGAACAUCGUGUCAGAAGCGAAGGAGAGCGUAAAGGACAUUAAAGCUCAGAUAGAAAACAUCAAACGGGAGUUUCCAUUAUUAAACUCGGUAAAUUCAAUCACUUCUGAGAUCGACUCCAUCAAUAACUCAAUAAAUCAAAACAGGCCAAAGAUCCAGGAGGCAGAUAAAUACAGAUGGAUCGUCUGCAUUGUGCUGUCGUGUAUCAUUCUCCUGAUAGUUGUGUGUAAUUAUUCCGGCCUGCUGAUGGGAACAGCGUUCCUCAAUUCCCACGUGAGCCCCACCCAACGGAGCUCCUCCUCCCACUGUGGGGGCAACUUCCUCAUGGCGGGAGUGGGCUUUAGCUUCAUCUUCUCCUGGCUGCUGAUACUUCUUGUGUUCAUCAUGUUCCUCGUGGGCGGAAAUGUCUACUCGCUGGUGUGCAAGCCCUGGUACAACAAUGAAUUGCUGCAGGCAAUUAAAACCUCUGGACUGAUGGACAAAAUCAACUUAGAAGAGACCCUUGGACUGCAAAGUAAUCUUAACAUCAGCAAUGCGUACCGUGAUUGUCAGAACAACACAUCAGCUUGGAAAGCCCUCAACCUGGAUCAGAACUUUAAUCUGGAUGAGAAUCUAAACAUCAGCCAGUACAAAAGGGAUAUUUAUGUCCAGUUUGAAAAGCUGUCUGUUGAUUUAUCGGAUAUUACGUUGCUGGAUAACGAGGGCAAGAGUAUUAUGAAGGAUGCCUUAAACACUGGCGUUAAAGAUUUAAACUUUACCAGUUUCUCCCAACAGCUGGAGCUGCCGUUAGUUCAGAGGGAUCUCCUCGUUACUGCGGAACAGCUACAGAACCUCUCCAAGAUCCUGCCGGACCCUGAAAAAACUGAGCUCAGCCAAGAGGCAGAAAAACUGAAGCAAUUGAACGAUUGGAUCGAGAGCAAUAUGCUGCCGAAUAUAAAAACAGUGAACGAAAGCAUACGGGACCUGCGAGUAGAUACUUCACAUCUCGAGAUAAUGGUAAACACGACGCUACAGAAGAUAGAAUCUGCCCAAAGUGUCCUCCAGGCGAAAGGGUCAGAUAUCGUUACAAAUGAAUCCAUGUUAUUUGUGGAUUGCCAGCUGGAUUACUUCAGCCAGUACAUCACUUGGACCAAGAAAACGAUUACCGAGGAAUUUGCACAGUGCAGACCAGCAGCCAACGCUUUGGACUCAGUGGCCACCAUCUCAUGCUCCUACCUUAUCGAUUCAUUGAAUGCUUUUUGGUUCAGCAUGGGAUGGAGCACCAUAUUCCUGGUUCCAAGCAUCAUAUUCGCAGUUAAACUGGCAAAGUACUACCGACGUAUGACAUCUUCAGACAUCUAUGAGUAGAAAUGGCGGCCCUCACUUUGAGAUGAGGAAAUUCGAUGAAUGAUCGUGCGUUUUAAAGCCAGACUCGAGGAUCCUCCCAACUUUCCUGCCUCUCUCCCACUGUAUGUGGACCAAGCUCAGCGAGUUGGUAUCUUUGCUUUAGCCUCCUCAUUUCUGUGUUGGAAGCAUAGCAAGCAAGCACCAGAUGAAAUGACAGAAAGUGUCUUGAAGAAUCCCAAUCGUCAAAUCAUCCACGCGACAGCUUAAUCAUUCGUCUUCAUGGAAGCUCCAUGCUACAUCAGCUCAGUACUUCAUCUUCAACCCGAUCGAUUUUCUCCCAGAGGCCACACUGAACUAGCCCUUGACCUGAAGAAGGGUCCCAACCCGAAAUAUCAUCUAUCCACAUCCUCCAGGGAUGCUGCCUGACCCGCUGAAUUACUCCAACACUUGUCCGCCCUUGUCCGACAUGUCUCUGAUCACUGUGUACAAUUUGCCCUUAUCAUGUAAUAAAAAGGAACUCUAUAUGUUGGUUUACACCAAAGAUACACAUAAAAUGUGGGAGUAACUCAGCGGGUCAGGCGGCAUCUCUGGAGAAAAUGGAUCGCCGACGUUUCGGAUCAGGAACCUGCUUCAGACUUAUUGUAAGAUGGGGGAGGGGGGUGUGGGAGGCGAACUGGCAGCAAGUUCUUGAAACUGGGAACUUACUUCCAAAUCCCACCCUCUCCCAAACUCCAAUCAGUCUGAAAAAGGAUCCUGACCUAAAACAUCGCCCAGACAUUUACUCCUGAGAUGCUGCCCGACCACUGAGUUACUCCAGCGUUUGUGUCCGUGUCACAUGCUGUACAAGCCAACCUCCUCCAACAUCUCUCCAAGUGCGUCCCUCGGGAGACUCUGGCCUCUCUUGUCUCAUCCAUCCAGGGAAGCACUUGGAGUGGCUUCCUUGUUGGCUUCUGCUGGUAUCCUCCAAAGAGCCUUGGUCUCCCUGCUCCGUGUGAUCUACUCCAUCAUCAAUCAGAGACUCGCUUUCCCCAGGUGAUCGCCAAGCUCUCUCUCCUCACCACCACCCUGCACUACCUCAGGAGUGGUCGAUUCAGCCCACUCAUGGCUGAUCUAUCUUUCCCUCUCAACCCCAUUCUCCUGCCCUCUCCCCAUAACCUUUGACAACCUUACUAAUCAAGAACCUGUCAAUCUCCACUUUAAAAGUACCCAAUGACUUGACCUCCACUGAUAUCUGUGCCAAUGAAUUCAAUUGAUUCACCACCCCUGACUAAAGAAAUUCCUCCUUAUAUUCUUUCUAAAGGUACAUCCUUUUAUUCUGAGGCUGUGCCCUUGGUCCUAGACUCUCCCACUAGUGGAAACAUCCUCUCCGCAUCUAUCCAGGCCUUUCACUAUUCAGUAAGUUUCAAUGAGGUCCCCCCAUAUCUCCUUUUAAACUCCAGCGAGUACAGGCCCAGUGCUAUCAAAGAUGUGUUCCUAGUGUUUGCUUGUCGCUUCACCCUGCUGUAGAUGUGAUGCCCACAAUAAAAACAAUAUAAGGACAACAGACAUGGAUAUCAUUCCCCACACCCUUAGAAAAACAACAUUGGCACCCAUUCAACCCUGAGGGAAGCUUCAGUGUACCACACAGACAUAUUUACCAGAAUGCUGCCUAGAUUAGAGGGCAUUAGCUAAGGAGAGGGUAGUCAAACUUGGGAUUGUUUUCUCCAAAAUGGCGGGGGGUUGACAGGAGAUCUGUCAGAAAUAUGUAUAAAAUUCUGAGAGGCAUAGAUAGGGCAGACAAUCAGAACCUUUUUUCCCCCCAGGGUGGAAAUGUCAAAGAGGGCAUAGGUUUCAGGUGGGAGGGGCAAAGUUUAAAGGAGAUGUGAAUGUUUUUUUUACGCAGAGGGUGGUGAGCACAUGGAAAGUGCUGCCUGGUGUGCUGGUGGAGGCAGACACAAUAAGGGCAUUGAAGAGGUUUUUAGAUAGGCACGUGGAUAUGCUGGGAAUGGAGGGAUAUGGAUCACAUGCAGGCAGAGAUUCAUUGGUCUCAUAUUCGGCACAUUGUGGGCUGAAGGGCCUGCUCCUGUACUGUGCUUUUUUUAGUUCUAACACCAACACUAUAAUUGCUUGUCUCUUUCGCACACCUAGUUAUGACCCAUUGCUGUCCAACACAAACGCCUUCACUCUGCUUUUGGUCUCUAGCGCUGUGAGGCCACAGCACUACUGCUGCGCCACUAAUUCUAAAAGUGAAGCAGGUUAAAACUAAACUAAACAAUGGUGGAUGUUUAAGAGGCUUUUAGACAGAUGCAUGAACAGCAGGGAAUAGAGGGACACAGCACAUAUGCAGGCAGAUAGGAUCAGUUGGAUUGGAAUCGUGGUCAGUGCAAACAUGAUGAGCUGAUGGGCCUGUUUGUGUUCUAUGUGACCCUACUUCUGAUCCCUUCACUAGUCUUGUUUUGUUUACACUUAUUCAUCAUUUCUGGACCAGUCUUGAAUGGCCUGGCCCGUGCAUUCUGCUACUCCCCAACUAAACCUCGCUGCCUCUCUCUUCCCCUUAUAUCUCCUGCGACAUUGAAACCUACCUCUUUGUCUGCACUGCCACUUUCGUUUGUGAUCUGAUCAAAGAUACUAGAGGACUACUAGCUCUUCUAGCAUCUUUGGGUCUGAUAACAAUAAUUGAGGAUCUUUAGGAGAUUUGACACGUUAAGGCACUUCACCAGAACGGGACCCGAAACGUCACCCAUUCUUUCUCUCCAUAGACGUUGCCUGUCCAGCUGAGUUACUCCAGCAUUUUCUGUCUAUGUUGUGGCUGAACAGUGUACGUGGUUUUAAAUGGAGCUCAUGAGAAAAUAAAUGUAAAUAAACAGCACUUUCGUUUGGAUAUU